AAACAAAAUGUAUAUAUAAAUCCAGCAACUAAUCUAAUCAGUAUCUCCAAGUCAGUCGAGACAAACAGCCAUAACUGAGGCUCAAACCCAAGCUCUUAUCUAUCCAUCUCUCCCUCCUUUUCAUUUCCUUUUCUUAAAAUUCAAACACAGGUCAAUGUGGUAUGCAAUUUCCUGCCCAAAUUCUUGGUUAUCACAUCCAAGAAGCCCUCACCGCCUUCAGUUUCUUCAAAAACGUUCACAUAUGCCAGCUAAUAUUCGCAUGCGUGCUUCGUUGCCAAAUCAAUAUACUGGUGCUAAAGUGGAGUACACGCCUUGGUUGAUUGUUGGAUUGGGAAACCCAGGGAAUAAGUACUAUGGGACUAGGCACAAUGUUGGUUAUGAAAUGAUUGACACCCUUUCUAAAGCACAAGGCAUUCCCAUGAAUACAAUACAGUCAAAGGCCUUGGUUGGAAUAGGUUCUAUUGGAGAGGUACCAAUUUUGUUGGUGAAGCCACAAGGGUACAUGAAUUUUAGUGGGGAAUCGGUUGGACCACUUGCUGCACACUAUCAAGUACCUCUACGCCAUAUUUUAUUGGCUUAUGAUGAGAUGAGCUUACCAAAUGGUAUCCUCAGGGUUCAGCCAAAAGGAGGCCAUGGCCAUCACAAUGGAGUGAAAAGUGUAAUGGGUCAUUUGGAUGGUUGCCGUGAUUUUCCACGUUUAUGUAUAGGUAUUGGAAAUCCGCCAGGAAAUAUGGACAUGAAGGCUUACCUUCUACAGAAGUUCAGUACUACAGAGAGACAUCAGAUUGAUGAAGCACUCAAACAAGGGGUUGAGGCUGUGAGGUCCCUGCUGCUCAAUGGAUUUAGCAAAUCCAUCACUCGAUUUAAUCUGGGGCAGAAAUACAAGUAUCACAAAGUAGAACUUUGAACCCAGGCAGAAAUUCAAGUAUCACAUAGUAGAACUUUGAACCCAGAAAAGGAAAGAAUUUUUUUUGGAAAAAGUAUAUGAAUGACCAGGCGAUUAUGUAGAUUCUUAACAAAGUUAGAAUUUGACGAAUAUAUAUAGCCUAAAUACAUUUCUUAA